AUGGAUCCUUUAAUCCACAUAAUAGAUCCAGAAGGGGAAGUGACCAUAGUAUUACGCAAUUCAAGCAUAAAUAAAAACUCAUUUGCUCUUCGAACCUUCAACACCUUUCCAUUGUUGUUUGGCAACGUCCGAAGCUCCCAAGCAACGUCGGGAAGCUCGGAAUUUUAUUCCAACCAGCUAGAGCCGAGGCUCAUGGAACGGAGCGGGGAGAAGAAAAAUAAAAAAAAGAAGAAGAAGGAAAAGAAAAGAAAGGCCUCUGCUGACGAGCCUGAGCCCGCUGCUGAUGAGCCUGAGCCCGCUGCUGAUGAGCCCACUGCUGCUGAUGAGCCUGCUGCUGAAAAAAUUCCUGCCGGCGAGCUCACUUCGGAAGCUGCUUUCGAGGAACAUUUUGAUUCAUUCUCGGCUGAUAGCUGCUUCCGUAUUCAGGUCUCUGCGAAGCAUUUGAUGUUCGCUUCCCCGUUUUUCAAGAGACUACUGACUGGAGGCUGGAGAGAAAGUGUUACUUACUCCCAGAAGGGUAAAGUUGAGAUCACCGCAGAGAGCUAG